CUUAUUACGUAGCAUCAUAAAGCGUUGGUUCCUUAGAAUGCGGUUAGGCCAAACUUGGUCCGAGUUCUUCCAAGUUUGUGUAACAGCACGAAAGCGCAUAAGCGCCUUCAAGCAAUGCAAACGCAUACUUUGAUAUAAUUGUAGUCGACGCUGGGCCUGAUGACCCGUUUGACAAGCUAGGGCGAUUCUGCUUUCCUCAACAAAGCUGAAAGCGGAAUUUAGUCGCCAAGGAUGCCGACUGCAAAGGAGCAGGCUGCUUUAUUGGCAGCCACAGCAAAUUCAGAUGCAAUUAGCGCGCAACAAGAUAAAGCGGCCGCACAAGCGGCCGCGCAAAGGGCUGCCGCUGCUGCCGCUGCACAGCGAGCUGAGUUUCAGUACUUGGCUGGGAUUCCUGCAGCAAGGCGUUCAGUGGCGCAGAACAACAGACUGGCCGUGUUCCUGGCCUCAGCCCCCCGCACCGCCGCCGCCGGCCCCACCGCCAUCCACGCCCUCAGCAUGGUUGUCCAGGUCCUGGAGGUGCCGCGCAACUGCACGGUGUACCGCCUGAACGACCCCUCCGACGGCUUCUAUGUGGUGGUGGACGGCCGCGUCAUACUGUACGACGUCAAGGACCGGGAGGAGGCGGAGGACGAUGACGGCGUUGUGGACCGGCUGGGUCGCAACGAGUCGUUUGGGGAGGAGGACCUGCUGUCGGGCAGCCGGCGGGCGCACCGCGCGGAGGCGGGCCCGGAGGCCAGCGCCAUCCUGCUGCGGGUGGGGCCGGAGCUGUACCGCAAGCAUCUGCAGCACCUGCACCAGCCAGACUUCGAGGACAAGGUGGAGUUCCUGGGUCGGCUCGAGGUGUUCCGCACACUGCCCGAAGAGACCCUGCGCAAGCUGGCGCCCUGCUUCGGACAGGUGGAGCUGCGCGCCAAGGACUACCUGGUGCGGCAGGGCGAGCGCGCCGACUCCAUGUUCGCCAUCGCGGCGGGCCAGUGCAGCGUGCUGGUGGACCCCAAGUUCCGGCCCGAGGGCAGCGGGCUGGCGGAGGCCGACCCCAAGAAGGCCAUGCAGGUGUGCCUGAUCGGCCCCGGCAACAUCGUGGGCGACAUGACGGUGCUGGCCAAUGUGCGCAAGCGCACCGCCUCCAUCCUGUGCCUGACCGACCUGGUCACCUACAAGAUCCGGAGGGCCACGUUCAUCCGCCGCGUGCCGCCCAUGCAGCUGGAGGCUCUGCGGCAGGUGGCGGAAGCCAAGAUCAAGAUCACGGAGAAGCGCGUGACGGCGGCGGCGGGCGGCGCCGGCGGCCCUGCCAAGGCCGCUGGUCCGCCGGUGCUGCUGACCCUGCGCGACAAGAUCCUGCACGGCCACGACCUACGCCAGCUGUCACAGCCGCAGGGCGUGGGGCCUCUUGACCUACGUGGCCACGGCCCGGGCGGCCUCAGCAGCGGCGUUGAGGCCUUGCUCGCCAACUCCCUCGCAGCCGCACAGCACGCAGCAGGCAUGCAGCAGCAGCACUCCGCCUCUGGCAGCAUGCAGGGUGCCGCCGCCGCCGCCGCCGCCUUCAACGCCGCAGGCAUCGUCCCCGGCGGCGCCGCCAGGGCGGCGGCUGCCGGCGGCGGCUCGGCGGCCGGGGGCGGCGGGCCGCAGAGCCCCCUGGCGGCGGCCGCGGCGGCGCUGGUGGCGGCCAGUGGCGGCGGACCUGCGGGUAUGGCGGCGGGGCCGGGGGGCCUGCACAACGCGCGGGCGCGGUUCUCCGCGCCACCUCGCAAGGCCACGUCGAUGCCUGUGGCGGCGCUGGGCGGGGCGGGCGGCAGCUCGGUGUCGGCCAGUGGCGGCGUGGCGGCGGCGGUGGGCGCCCGGGUCGGGCGAGGAUCGGUGGCGCUGCCUUGCAGCAGCAUGCGCGGCGGCGGCACGUCCGACAUCAACUACACCUGGGGCCUGGGGCCCGGCACCCUCAUCAACAGCCUGCUCGCCGCCAGCGCCGGCAGCGGGAACGGCAGCGACGCCGACGGCAGCGGCGGCGGCGGCGGCCGCCCGUCCACCGCCUCGCCCGGCGGGCCAGGUAUGGGCGUGCGCCGUUCGCAGCCCAUCGACGGCCGCGGCGACGUGGAUGCGGCCGGUGGCGGCGGCGGCGGCGGCGGCGGCGGCGGGUCGCAGUUCCUGGGGCACCAUGCGUCCGUGGUCCCCGGCGUCGGCGGCACACACCAUGCGCACACAUACCAUGGCGGCGCCGGUGGCGGCGCUGCCAGCGGCGGCGGCGGCGGCGGCGCGAGCGCACUGACGCCGUCGCCCAUGCCGGCGUCAAACCGCCACCUCGCUGGCCGCAGCGGUGUCGGCGGCGGUGGCGGUGGUGUUGGCGGCGCGGCGUCAUUCUCGCACGCGAGCCGCCCAGGCGCCGGCAGCCCUGCCGGCAUGCCCGCUCGCGGCGGCUCCUUAAGCUCCGUGAUGCUGCUUCCGCAGCCCGGUCCCUCCCAGCCCGCCAUCCGCACGCUGCCUGGGGCCAUUGCGGACGGCUACACGCCCUACAACGCUUGGGCUGCCGCCAGCGCCGCAAGCCCGGAGCUCCCCGGAGCUAUGGGUGUCGGUGGCGGCGGCAGUGCGUCGUUUAGUUCGUCGUCGCCGCUUGGCCGCGGCGGCGGUAUGGCCCGCGGGAUCGACCGGCUGGGAGCGACCGGCUCACCGCUGGGCGGCGUGGAACGACUGGGCUCGCUCACAGGGAUGGGCGGAGCGGCGGCAGCGGCGGCGGCAGCAGCAGCAGCCGCUUCCGCGGCGGCGGCAGGGGCAACGGCGAGCAGGAGCGACUCGCGUGGUAGCGCCAGCGGCAUGGGGGCCGCGCCAGUGCUGCGGCCGGCGCCGCUGGUGAUUGGCGCGGCGGCGCCGGCGCACUUCAAUGCCAUGAAGGCGUGGGCCAGUGAGCCGUCCGGCGGCGCUGCAGCGGGGCUGUCGCCCACGCGCGACGGGGCGGCGGCCGAGGCGGCCGCCGCCGCCGCCGAGGCGGCGGCCGCCGCCGCCGCUGCCGGAGUGUCCGGCGCGGGAUCGAGCGCGGGCUCGAGCCGCCGCAGUAUCAGCACGAGUGGCGGGCCGGGCCGCGUCAGCAGCGGCAGUGGCGGCGCCGCCAGUGGCGGGAGUUCCCGCCGUGCUGGCUGGGCCUCAGACGCGGGGCUUCAGCAGGACCAGCAGCACGGCCGCGAGGCGGCGGGGGCGGCGGCCGUGGAGGAGGUGGACGCCAGUGGCGGGGCGGGAGAGGGAGAUGCGGGCGGUGAGCGCAGCGGCCCUAGCCGCAUGCUCGCAAAGAAGAAGAGUGUGGGCAAGGCGCGCUUUGGCCGGAUGCUGGCGACCGCCAACUCCAGCGUGGACGCGUUGGUGGCGGAGGCGGUGCUAGCGGCGGAGGCGGCCGAGGCGGCGGCGGCGGCGGCGGUGGCGGCGGAGGCGGCAGAGGCGGCGGAGGCGGGGGCGCAGGGCACGGCGGGCGCGGAUGCCGUUGCGCCAAGCUUGGAGUCGGGGGCGGAUGCGGGGUCAGAAGGUGCGAGUGCUGUUGCUGCGCCCGCUGUGGGCUGCACCCCGCAUGCUGAGGGCGCCGUGGCCGCGCCGCAUGCGGUUGAGGAUGCGGACGCGGAGGCGGUGGAGUCGGCGGAGUCAGCGGAGGCGGCACCUGAUGGCGAAGAGCGCAUCCCGGCCGCGGCGGCGGUACUUGUGGAGGACGGGCAAGGGCAAGGGCAAGGGCGCACCGCAAGCGAUGCGGCGGCUACAGAUGCCUCGCAGCCCGACGCUGCGGCGCCUGGGCCUCAGGCAGGGGUUGCGACUGGGUCUGACGCCGCCACUCCUGACGCCGCUGCCGCUGCCAUUGCUGCUGACGAAGACGCGCCGCGCUCCCAGUCGCCCACCGCUGCUGCUGCUGCUGCUGCUGCUGCUGCUGCUGUUGCUGCUGACGGCGGCCUGGCUGCUGAGCCCAGCGCAGCAGACAGCGCCGCACCGUCCCGCGAGAACAGCAACCGCCUGGUCACAGCCCGCCUGCAGCACCAGCAGCUGCACAACCAACAGCCACAGCAGCCGGCGCCAGAGCAGCAGCAACAGCAGGCCGCCGCUCAGCAAUUGGGCCGGGGCUCCUUCUCUGGGGUCACGCCUGCGCAGCUGCCGGCGUGGGGUGCGGCGCCGGCGGCAGCAGGGGCCGCUGCCCCGGCCGCCCCAGCGUCCGCGCCGCCGCCACUUGCCCUGGUGGUUGUGGCCACGUCAGCGCCGGUCGCCUCCCGCUCUGCCAGCCCGGCCUUCGCAUCGUCGCCGUCAGCCGCUGCCGUCGUUAGGCCCGCCAGUCGCCAGCCUGUAAUGCUGCAGCUGACAGUGCCAGACGGCGCCGGCGGCGGCUACGGCCGCAGCGGCGGCGGCGCCAACGCAGCCUCGCCGAACCGGCGCUUUCAGGGCGGCGGUGCCGGCGGCGCGGCGGCGGUCUCGCCAGGGCAUGUGCGGCAGUACCCCUUCGUUGGGCCCUUCCUGUCGAUCACAAAGGGCGUUGCCCCGAGCAUGGGCGGCUUUGGGUCCGCCUCACCGACGGGCGGGGCUGGAGGCGUGCCGCCACGCCAGCCCUCACUCACGGCUGCAUCGCCGCCGUCCUUCACUGGAGGCGGUGGCGGCGGCGGCGGUACGGCUCCCAUGUACGACAGCGUGCGUGUCGUACACGGCACGGAGGGCGGCGUGGCGGGCACCGCCGCUGGCGCCAGCCCUUCUCGAAUGGGGGGAGGAGGUGGUGGUGGCGGGGGAGGAGGUGGCGGCGGGACGCUGAGGAAGGGUGGUGCUCUGUACAGCAAGCCCGCGCCUGUGCAGCGUGCGGUCAUGCCUUGAGGAUUGCCGAUCUGGCCGUGUGUGAUGUGGGCUAAACAAAUGGAGCUUUGGAGCGUCAGGUUGGGGCACGUUGAGGACCUUGCCUUGCCGGCGAUUCAAGACUAGGGGAGUUGGGCGGACAGUGGGGCGAGCGCACAGGGCGAGCGGGCGUGCGCAGGUACUGCCCAGCACCUAUGGAGAUCAAGUACAUAUUUAUGCCAUCAAGAGAGCGCGUAGGCCGGGAAAUUAAUACCUUUCUGUGCGCGCGGCGAUGUGCGACACGGCACGGGAUUUCGCUUGUUGAGAGGCCGAUCCUGUCGGAGCAGUGGGCCUUCAUGUGCAUGAUGACAGGUCAUGUGUGCUAAGAGUACAGGGCAUGCGCACGCACUUGCUCAUAUUUAGCGCGCUGAUAGAUGGUGGUGCAGUAUGCAAGUAUACCGGUAUGCGUGCGGGUGCGGGUGAGUUGACACGAAAUACAAGUGGCGGAUGACCGAAUGGCAAUGCUGCAGCUUUUGUCAACACAUUUUUAGCAAACAGUGCGGCGCAAAGUAACCAGCGGGCGGCCCGCCUGGCAGCAGGGGAAUUGCAUAUGGACUUGCUUAAAAGUGCAAUUAUUUCAUGUGUGAUGUGGGUUUCUGACGUUUGCAGCACAGCAUCGACAGUGGAGCAAGUCGGCUACGCCUGCUGACUUAGUGAAUUGGCCCCCAGUGGUUUGUGGCCAGUGCAAGGGGCUAGAGCUGAUAGGCCACUGCAGCAAAUUGCAGAGCAAGGACGGUGCCAAUAAGCGAAUUGCUCGAAGUGGAGUAACAUGUAACCAAGCAAGCUAUAGAGCUGCAGGUCACAUGGGAGCCUGGCUGCGUGGCCCUUGCCAUGCAAUGUCCGAGUGUGUGCGUGUGAGACCACACAUACGACGGGGUACUGUGGGUAGACGACACCAGCCGGUAGGGUGGGGUCGUCUACUGCCUGCACUCGCAUUUGCAUUCGCAUCUACGCUUUCAAUGGGGUGGGUUGCAUUGGGGAGAAAGAUAGCCGGGCAGGGUCUCGUGUGAACGGAGAUUCAACCCCAUCAUUAAGACCGCUGGACUGCGGUGCAAGCGUUGCGUCGCAACUAUCAUUUGAGCGAAGCUCAAAACACCACGUAAGCUUCAAAGGUUGUAUAUGGGCCGUGCGCGCUGGCGCGCAUUAACAUCGCUUGUACAGCGUACGUACAUGCAAUCUGCAGUUGCAGUGCAACAAGCAAGCGCAACUGAGAGCUCUCCCUGCCGGGGCUCCUUAUUAGCUGCAUGCACCAAUCUCAGACACUCUGCUUUUGUCCCAAACCCGGUCAACCAAGUCUAGCCCCUGAGGCUGGUGGCCCUAUGAGGCAUGCCCCGCGUGCGGAUCUGGUUGUGGGACACGUAGCCAUGAAGGGUGACUGGCAGGGUGUGGUGGGUGACAAUGUGCGGUGGGUGACAAUGUGUGGUGUGUGGUGGGAGGAGGAAGGGGAAGGCGCAGCACCACACUGGCACGCAACGCACAAGCAGAACGCCAGGGACCACCGCACUGGC